AAAGAAAUUGGGAAGUUCACUGCUGACCUGUCUUGUACAAAAGCACAAACCAUACCAAACCAUACAGAUCCUUGGAAAAUUGGUCACUGCAGUCUGCAAUAGGCAUAAACUCUCUUUUCUUUGAUUUUUUGUUCCGGAAAUGGCGACGAGCGAGAAGAAGGGCUUCACAGCCACUCUGUAUUUCUUCCUUCUUACGACCAUGUGCCUAGUCGGGGAAUUCCCUCUUAAGGCUGUUGCUGGGAACGCAGCCCCUCUUUUGCAGAGAUAUGAAGAUGGGAAUGAGCAUGGUUACAGCAGAGCCUUCAAUGCCAUUUAUGAUACGUCCAAGUACGGGAUUUUGCAGCUCCAGAAUGGCUUGGCAAGAACUCCUCCGAUGGGAUGGAAUAGCUGGAAUUUCUUUGCAUGCAACAUCAACGAAACAGUGAUCAAGGAAACAGGUGCACUAAUGAGUAGUUGUAGAGAUCAGUGGGGUGCUUUAAUUUGGAAGUUGGGCAGAAGAGAUUUCCUGGUUUAUGCAAUUGCUGCGAAGGAAACAGCUUCAUCCAAGUUUAUUCUUUUUAUAAGCAUCUAAAUUUGGCAUUCUGACAUGAAUCAUAGCUUGAUCCUUCAUCAUAACCUGAUUGAAGAGUAUCCAUAUGUGGCCGGAAAGCUGAAUGUGUCAGCUGCUUGAUAAGUGAUAGUGAUGUGCUAACUUAGAUUUUGCUUUUACAGCUGAUGCCCUUAUCUCAACUGGCUUGGCCAACUUGGGUUAUACAUAUGUCAAUAUAGAUGAUUGUUGGUCUAAGGUCACACGAGAUGCAAAGGGCCAAAUGGUUCCUGAUCCGAAGACCUUUAAUUCUGGGAUCAAGGCUCUUGCAGACUAUGUUCACUCGAAAGGCCUGAAGCUUGGUAUCUAUUCUGAUGCUGGGAAAUUUACUUGUCAAGUUCGCCCAGGAUCGAUUUUCCAUGAAAAAGAAGAUGCAAUGUCAUUUGCUUCAUGGGAUGUGGAUUAUCUGAAGUAUGACAACUGUUUCAAUCUGGGCAUCGAACCCAAAAAAAGAUACCCACCAAUGCGUGAUGCUCUAAAUGCAACUGGACGAUCAAUUUUCUACUCAAUCUGUGAAUGGGGUGUGGAUGACCCGGCCUUAUGGGCUGGAAAAGUUGGCAACAGUUGGCGUACAACAGAAGAUAUCAAUGACACAUGGGUAAGGUAAAAUCUUUCUGAAACUCGGUUAACUGUUUAACCACUUACAUCUCAUAUAUGGUAUACAUGCCUCUGAUUCAUCUUCUAACCCUGCUAAUUUUUCCAACUACUAUUUUAGACAUUUGCUGGGUCUGUCUUCCGUUACCACGUAGAAAUAGGAAAGGGCAGUUCCCUUUACUGAGAACUUACAAAUCAUUGGUGCAGAACCCUUUAUUUAGCGGAAGAAAAGAGUUUAUAACUCAAACCUAUCAUGUUUUUCCUCUUUGCACCAUGGAUGGAACUACACUGAAAAUAGCCCAACACUAUUGACAAUGGAAAGCUUCACUGAGAGAAUCUCUGGGUUAAUCAUAAAACCAUGGCUUUCAUUCACCACGUCUUCCUUGUUGGUUUUGCCUUGAGAGCUAAACUCUUGAUCGCAGUUCUAAUGAUCCUAAGGAAAUGUAUCCUGUGAAACUUCUCUUCUUAGCACAUCUACUUGAGCAAGUGAACAAUUUGUCAGAUUCUAGGAGGCGGAAAGGCAAUAUUAUUUUGUUAUAUUUCAGAUAAUAGUUGCUUGGUUGUAGAAGUUCUCUACAGAAAGAUGUUGGAAUGCUGAUCUUCUUUCACCUUUUUCUUUCUUUCUGAAGCAUGACUAAUAUUGCUGAUUUGAAUGACAAGUGGGCGGCUUACGCUGGACCUGGUGGAUGGAAUGGUGGGAUCAUAUCUUUGUGCAGAGAUCUAGAUGAACACAGCCAUAUUAAGUUUGACUUUUGUAAUUGAUACCCCGUGUUAUUUAUGCGGUGCAGAUCCGGAUAUGUUGGAAGUUGGCAAUGGAGGCAUGACAUACAAAGAAUAUCGUUCUCAUUUUAGCAUAUGGGCUUUGAUUAAGGCCCCUCUAUUGAUUGGGUGUGAUAUAAGAAACAUGACUGCAGAAACUAAGGAGAUUUUAAGCAACCAGGAGGUCAUUGCGGUAAACCAAGAUCCACUUGGGGUUCAGGGAAGGAAAGUGCAUAGCAAUGGAACUGAUGGUUGCCAGCAGGUUUGGGCUGGCCCUUUAUCUGGGAAUAGCUUGUCUGUUGUUCUGUGGAAUAGAUGUAUGCAGGCUGCAACUAUAACAGCUGAAUGGAAUGUGAUUGGGCUUGAAGCCGGCACUAGUGUCUCAGUGAGGGACCUCUGGCAGCACGAAGUGGUUCUCAACAAUGCAGUGGCAUCAUUUUCUGCUCAACUUGAUGCUCACGACUGCCGGAUGUACGUUUUUACCCCUCAGGCAGCCCUCAUGGGGAACGUUAUGUAGCCUUGGAUGUUGGUGAAUGUAAGAGAUGCUUCCAUUCUUCUUGUACGGUCCUGUAUUCUGUAUGUGUUCUUGUACUCAGGGCCAAGUAUAUAUUACGUGGGUUCGUCGCUGGCUGUCAUAAUAUAAGCUUGCUUCCGGACUGGCAUGAAACUUGAUGAAAGACUGAACAAUAAAUGGUGCAGAUGUGAAAUUGGUUUCAGAAACCUUUUGAAUUUCAUCGUGGAAAAAACCUCCACUUCUGCACAGGGCGACAGUCCAAUAAAACUUCACUGGUUAAACAAAACUAUUAAGGAUCAAUGGGACCAAGAUUUUACUCUGGC